UCCUGUCUGCGGAUACGUCACAAUCAUGAUUAGAAUUGAUGAUCGGACGUUCUGAUUUCAUUGUCUAGCAAAAGGGACUGGUGAAGAAAUCUGCUGAAUUCGAGCGUUCGUCUGAUUUUAACAUCAAAAGGGGCACAACAGCCAGCAGUGUGUGACAUGUGCACUGAGCCAGGAUGAGUAUCAUCAAGACUGCACUAAGGUAGAGAGACGGCAGUUUUGCUCUGGCCUGCAUGGCUGCGCCUUUCCCCUCCAGUAGCAGAAUGGAUGCAUGGCCAGAGAGGCGUGGCCUGCAAACUAUGAACCUGCGGUCUGUGUUCACUGCUGAACAGCAGAGGAUCCUGGAGCGUUACUAUGAGAAUGGGAUGACCAACCAGAGCAAGGCUUGCUUCCAGCUAAUACUGCAAUGUGCUCAGGAGACCAAACUGGACUUCAGCGUGGUCCGGACAUGGGUUGGCAACAAAAGACGUAAGCUAGCCUCCAAGGCUGACCAGAAUGGAGGCAUGUCUCAUUCCUUAUCCGGUCACGGGCUAGCUGGGGGACUUCUAUCCAAUCACACAAUGGCUGGGGGGGCUCUGUCCAAUCAUAGCUUACCAGGAGGGGCUCUGGUAGCAGGAGCCAUGCUUACUGCUGAGAUGGCUGCAGCUCGGAACAUCCAGAACCGUGCGCACCUUCUCGCUCCAUCCUCGUCUUUUGCUUCUUCUUCGUCAUCUUCCUCCUCUCCCUCCUCUUCCUCUCCCCUCAGUAGUGGGAACAACAACAACAAUAAUGACGUCAUACUGACAGGAAUCUACUCUCUUAAUUCCGUCCCUCGAUCCCGACCAAGACCUGUCCCCCUCCCGUCUCACUCAGAACCCGAGCUUUCUGCACACGCCCACUCGUCUCUUCUUAACCAGUCACUACAUGGCAGGAACAGCUCCAGCUCCUCCCCCCUCCACUCUAAGCUAGCCUCACUCACUAGAAAACCCCUAUCCCUCACCUCACCCUCAGGACCCUCAGUCUACACUGCAGCCAAGAAGGGCAGUUUCUCCCUCGGAGAGGCUGGGGUAGGAGCAGGAGCGGGCAUGGUGCCUCACAGCUGGGCGAGGCAGUAUGGUGCAGUGCAGACUCGCCCUUGGUCCUCGUCCUCCCAAUCCCAGUCUCAGCUUCAGACCCGACCUCACUCCAACCCUCAACCUCAACCGCCUGCACCUCCGAGGGCUCGGGUCUCCCUCCCGGUUCAAAACCCUGGUCCCUCCUCCGACCAAACACCCCGCAUCCAGCAAGUCUUCACCCUGUCAGAAAAGGCUGAUGGGGAUGGAUUAAGGCCAGGACUUAUUUCUUCUCGGAGAGGCCACGAGAGUCACAGGCCAGUACCUCACCCUCUUGACUCCAGUCACUACCUCUCUAUUGCCAUGGAAACUGGAGAUGAAGAAGAUGAGUGGCAAAGGGAAGAAGAAUUGGCAAAUAUGGCUGCUCAGACCCAUAUCCACAGAGAGCAAACGUCAGCCAGCCCAACCACGGUUGAAUUGUCUGUGGUGAGAGGACGCCAUACACCCCCUAUAACUAUCUCCAGACCCACACCGGUUAACAGCAGCACAGCUCUCCAAGGCAGCUACUCCGUCACAGCACAGACUUCACCUGCAGCGGAAUCCAGCUCACAGACUUCAGUGAGUGUGUCUGCUGCCCCGUGGGUCGUCAGCAACUCAAGGAAGAGAACACUGCAGGAUCGGACUCAGUUCAGUGAUGGGGAUCUCAUCCAGCUGAAGCGCUACUGGGACCGAGGCAUGACCAGCCUGGGGUCUGUCUGCAGAGAAAAGAUCACGGCGGCAGCCAACCAGCUCAAUGUAGACACUGAGAUAGUCAAGACGUGGAUCAGUAACCGACGGAGGAAGUACCGUCUAAUGGGCAUUGAAAUCCCUCCACCUAAAGGUGGACCUGCUGUAUUUUCAACCUCAUCCCCAGGGAACGAGUCACCGCUGGCUCUUAGCCCUGACGAGGAGGGGCUGAGAACUCCUGAACUUGGGGAUGACUUGAACGAUAGGGGAUCUCUGUGCUUGUCUGAAGAUGGCACCAACGACUCAUACCAGAGAGAAGGAGAGGACGGAACAGAUGGGUCCAGUGCUGCUCCAUUGGCCAAUAAUGUGAAGAUUGAAAUAAUUGAUGAGGACGAGGACGACGACGACGAUGAUGGUGAAAUAGUGGCUUCAGACAUGGAGCAAAUACAGAGCCUGCUGGAAUUCAAGCAUGAAGAAGUGCAGUUCCUAGAGAACGAGCUAGAGAACCAAAAACAGAAAUACUACGAGCUUGAGAGCUUCACUAAGAGCCUGCUCAGUGCUGUGAGGAACAACGACCUGGAGAAACAGCAGGAACUCAUGGCCGGUCUACCUCAGCCUGCAGACCAGGACUGGAACAUGACUCCAGAGAGAGGAUCCCAGCCUGCUGCCAUGUCAACAGAAACACCCUCUGACCAGGAUGAAUCCUCAAUGACCGCUGCAAGCAGUGAGGACCCAUCACUAGUCCCAGCAAACGAAGAGUUCCCACUGGUCACCAUAAAUGAAGACGGCUCAACAGCUGAAAUCGCCGAGCCCUCUGCAUCAGAGGAGCCACUGGAGGAAGCAGUUACAGAACAAGAGUGACUGUCUCACAUACAUCAACACACAAACACACAUGCACUCAUAAAGACACACCUACACUCCACAACGAAGUAGGUGUCAGACAAGAGGGACUCUUCUGUCUUGCAUACACUCAGAAACACACAUGCUCCACGCCCAGUGCCUGUGGAUUGAUGCUUCACUAUGACUGUUGGGCUGACAAUGCCUUUUUUAUUGCAUAUCAUUCGCCUUGCUCUGGUCCAGUCCCAGAGAGAACAAUAAACAACCUCUAUCUAACUUA